GCAGGCUCCCUGCCUUUCUGUCGAGGCUGUGAGAUCAACAGUCCUGGCAGUGGCUCCCAGAGCCUCUGCUGCAAGGACCAGUGAAGGGUUCCCCCCUCUGCACCCCCAAGAGUCCAGGGCUGCCAAGGGGUGCUUACCCGGCCUGAGACGCUUCUCGUAUUGGGGUUGGGACUGUGCAGGUUCAGAGGUGUGGCAGCCAGCGCAAGCCACCAGGCUCUCCAGCCUUCUGAACCAUGGCAGCUCAGUGCACCCCGUCUAUUCUGACCAUCCUGGUGUUGCUUGGCUUAGCCAGAGCAGGCCCAUUCUCUCCUCGGUCUAAUGUGACACUUCCGGCCCCACGGCCCCCUCCCAAGCCCGGUGGUCCUUCUUCUCAGCUGUACGAGCAUACUGUGGAAGGAGGAGAGAAGCAGGUGGUGUUCACCCAUCGCAUUAACCUGCCCCCGUCAGCCGGCUGCGGCUGUCCCCCGGGCUCUGAGCCCCCGGUGCCUGCUUCAGAGGUGCAGGCCCUGAGGGUCCGCCUGGAGAUCCUGGAGGAGCUGGUAAAAGGGCUUAAGGAGCACUGCACAGGAGGAUGCUGUCCCACUGCGGCCCAAGCUGGCACAGGCCAGACUGACGUGCGCAGCCUCUGCAGCCUCCACGGUGUCUUUGACCUGAGCCGCUGCGCCUGUUCCUGUGAGCCUGGCUGGGGUGGACCCACCUGCUCAGACCCUACGGACACAAAGACGCCCACCUCAUCGCCGCCCUCCAAGUCCUGUCCCGAAGACUGCAACGACCAGGGACGCUGCGUCCGAGGACGCUGCGUGUGCUUCCCCGGCUACAGUGGCCCCAGCUGUAGCUGGCCCUCUUGCCCUGGAGAUUGUCAGGGGCGCGGGCGCUGCGUGAAGGGCGUGUGCGUGUGUCGCGCGGGCUUCUCAGGCCCUGACUGCAGCCAGCGCUCUUGCCCUCGCAACUGCAACCAGAGAGGACGCUGCGAGGAAGGACGCUGCGUGUGUGACCCCGGCUACUCCGGUGAGGACUGUGGGGUGCGGAGCUGUCCCAGGGGAUGCAGCCAAAGAGGCCGCUGCGAGAACGGCCUCUGCGUGUGCAACCCCGGCUACUCUGGCGAGGACUGUGGGGUGCGGAACUGUCCCAGGGGCUGCAGCCAGAGGGGUCGCUGCGAGGACGGCCGCUGUGUGUGCGAUCCCGGCUAUAGUGGCGAAGAUUGCAGCAUGAGGACCUGCCCAUGGGACUGUGGCGACGGAGGGCGCUGCGUGGACGGUCGCUGCGUGUGCUGGCCCGGGUACUCGGGCGAAGACUGUAGCACGCGGACGUGCCCGCGUGACUGCCGUGGCCGGGGCCGCUGCGAGGACGGGGAAUGUAUCUGUGACGCAGGCUACAGUGGCGACGACUGCGGUGUGCGGAGCUGCCCCGGGGACUGUAACCAAAGGGGCCACUGUGAGGAUGGCCGCUGCGUGUGCUGGCCCGGGUAUACUGGAGCGGACUGUAGCACGCGCGCCUGCCCACGGGACUGCAGGGGCCGCGGGCGCUGCGAGGAUGGCGUGUGCGUGUGCCAUGCGGGCUACAGCGGCGAGGACUGCGGGGUGCGCAGCUGCCCCGGGGACUGUCGCGGCCGUGGGAACUGCGAGAGCGGCCGCUGCGUGUGCUGGCCUGGGUACACAGGCCGAGACUGUGGCACGCGUGCCUGCCCCGGUGACUGUCGUGGACGCGGGCGCUGCGUGGACGGCCGCUGCGUGUGCAAUCCGGGCUUCACUGGCGAGGACUGCGGGAGCCGUCGGUGUCCUGGGGACUGUCGCGGACACGGCCACUGCGAGAACGGCGUGUGCGUGUGCGCUGUGGGCUACUCUGGCGACGACUGCAGCACUCGCAGCUGUCCCAGCGACUGCAGAGGCCGCGGCCAGUGCCUGAAUGGGCUCUGCGAGUGCGACGAAGGCUACUCGGGUGAGGACUGUGGCAUAAGACGGUGUCCCCGCGAUUGCAGCCAGCACGGCGUGUGUCAGGAUGGCUUGUGCAUGUGCCACGCAGGCUAUGCGGGCGAAGACUGCAGCAUUCGCACCUGCCCGGCCGACUGUCGCCGGCGUGGCCGCUGUGAGGACGGGCGCUGUGUGUGCAACCCAGGCUACACCGGGCCCGCAUGUGCCACUCGAACCUGUCCAGCUGAUUGUCGUGGCCGUGGGCGCUGCGUGCAGGGAGUGUGCAUGUGCUACGUUGGCUACAGCGGUGAGGACUGUGGACAGGAAGAGCCUCCUGCUAGUGCCUGCCCUGGGGGCUGUGGGCCGCGGGAACUGUGCCGCGCCGGACAAUGCGUGUGUGUUGAGGGCUUUCGAGGCCCAGACUGUGCCAUCCAGACGUGCCCAGGUGACUGUCGCAGCAGGGGAGAGUGUAUCCAGGGCAGAUGCGUCUGCCAAGAAGGCUACGCUGGGGACGACUGCGGGGAAGAGAUACCAGCCAUCCAGAACAUGAGGAUGCAUCUUCUAGAGGAGACAACAGUCCGGACAGAGUGGACACGAGCUCCCGGUCCUGUGGAUGCCUAUGAAAUCCAGUUUAUCCCCAUGACCGAGGGGGUGAGUCCACCAUUCACAGCUCGGGUGCCCAGCUCUGCCUCAGCCUAUGACCAGCGAGGACUGGCGCCUGGACAGGACUACCAGGUCACUGUUCGUGCUCUACGAGGGACCAGCUGGGGUCCUCCUGCCUCUAAGACCAUCACUACCAUGAUCGAUGGUCCUCAGGACCUCCGGGUGGUAGCUGUGACCCCGACCACACUGGAUCUUAGCUGGCUGCGCCCCCAGGCUGAGGUGGACCGAUUUGUGGUGUCCUAUGUCAGUGCUGGAAACCAAAGGGUGCGACUGGAAGUUCCCCCUGAGGCAGACAGGACUCAGCUAACCGAUCUGAUGCCUGGUGUGGAGUAUGUGGUGACUGUCACUGCAGAAAGAGGCCAUGCAGUCAGCUACCCAGCUUCUAUCAGGGCGAAUACAGCACCAGGCCACUACAGUUACCCGGAGGUGCGCCCCCCAGCCCCGCCCCCCAACCCCCGUCCCCGGCCUCGAUGGCCCUCCCGGCCCUUGCCGUCCCCAGAGACGGACGAGAAGGAGUGGCAUCUCCGGCCGAGACUGCCCCAGCCCCCUCGACGGCCGUGGGGUAACCUGACGACUGAACUGAGCCGCUUCCGCGGCACAGUACAGGACCUGGAGCAUCACUUGCGAACCCACGGCUAUCCACUGCGCGCCAACCAGACUUACGCAUCGGUGGCGCGCUACAUCCAUGAGUUCUUGAAGCGUCAUCAAACAGCGGGUGCCCCAGCAUCCCAGCCACGUCACCCUCACCCCACCACUAGUCCCACCCAGAACACCAGGAAGCGGGACUCGGAGCAGGGUGCUGUGGGCCCAGCAUCCGAUGGUGCACACCCGGUGACUACAGCGCGCCACCCGAAACCGGAGGUGCUGGGCAGUGCAGCCGACGGCUCACUGAUUGUGUCCCUGGACGGGCUCCGUGGUCAGUUCGAGCGCGUGGUGUUGCGCUGGCGGCCACUGCUACCAGCCAAGGGCCCCAGCGGGGAGCUGACUGUGGAUGGUUCUGAACGCACUGUCCGCUUGCCGAACCUCAGGCCCGGGACUACUUACCACGUGGAGGUCCAUGGGGUACGGGCAGGACAGACUUCCAAGUCCUACGCCUUCAUCACCACCACCACCACCACCACCACAGGGUCCUUACCCUCUGGCCUCUUGGAGGCUACUGAUGAGCCUCCUCCCUCGGGCCCCUCUACAACCCAAGGGGCCCAGGCCCCUAUCCUGAUCCUGGAGCACCACCCGCUGGGAGAGUUGAAGGUGCUGGGCAGAGACAAGGCAGGGCGCCUCAGUGUGGCCUGGACUGCCCAGCCUGACAGCUUUGCCCACUUCCAGCUGCGUAUGCAGGUGGCCGAGGGGCCCUGGGCUCACGAAGAACUGCUACCAGGAGACGUCCAGCAGGCUCUGGUGCCCCCACCCCCUCCCGGAGCCCCCUACAAGCUAUUCCUCCAUGGGAUCACCCCUGGGGGCAAGAUCUCUGUUCCUAUCACCUACCAAGGCAUUAUGGACAGGGCUCAGGAACAGCCUGGGAAGCCAUCAGUCCAGCCACGCCUGGGUGAACUGACAGUGACAGGCCUGACCUCUGAUUCCCUGCUCCUGCACUGGACUGUCCCAGAGGGGGAGUUUGACUCCUUCCUGAUCCAGUACAAGGACAAAGACGGGCCCCAGGCGAUAUCCGUGGAGGGACCCCAGCGUUCUACACCCAUCUCAGGCUUGGAACCAGGACGCAAGUACAAAUUUAUCCUGUAUGGACUCAUCGGCAAGAAGAGGCAUGGCCCACUUAUGGCUGAAGCCAAGAUCUUGAUUCAGAGUGACCCUGACCCAGGAUCCCCACCCCGCCUGGGAGAGCUAUGGGUGACAGACCCCACUCCACACUCAUUGCACCUCUCCUGGACUGUUCUCGGAGGCCAGUUCGACUCCUUCGUGGUCCAGUACAGAGACAAGGAAGGCCAGCCCCGUGUGGUACCUGUGGAGGGGCCUGAUCGCUCAGUGGUGAUCUCCCCACUGGACCCCAAUCGCAAGUACAGGUUCACUCUGUUUGGGAUUGCCAAUAAGAAGCGGUACGGGCCCCUUACUGCUGAUGGCACUACUGCUGCAGAGACGAAAGAGGAGUCCUCAGAGCCGCCCCGCCUCGGCGAACUGACUGUGACUGGUGUGACCCCAGACUCCCUGCGCCUGUCCUGGACAGUGGCCCGGGGUCCCUUCGACUCCUUUGUAAUCCUUUACAAGGAUGCACAGGGCCAGCCCCAGAGUGUACCCAUCGAAGGUGAUGAGAAUGAGGUCACUGUCCCCGGCCUGGAGUCCAACAGGAAGUAUAAGAUGAACCUCUACGGGCUUCGUGGCAGGCAGCGUGUGGGGCCGGUAUCAGUGGUGGCCAAAACUGCCCCACCAGAUGUUGUAGACCAGCCCCUCAGCCCCCCAGAGCCCAGCACAGAGGCCCCAGAGCCCCCCGAGAAGCCACUCCUGAGAGAGCUGAUCGUGACAGACACCACACCCAACUCCCUGAGCCUCUCCUGGACAGUCUCCGAGGGACAGUUUGACCAGUUCGUGAUCCAGUACAAGAACGGGGAUGGGCAGCCCAAGGUGGUGCGGGUGCCAGGACACGAGGACCAGGUCACCAUCUCCGGCCUGGAGCCAGACCACAAGUAUAAGAUGAACCUGUAUGGCAUCCAUAGUGGCCAGCGUGUGGGCCCCGUGUCUGUUGUUGGUGUGACAGCUGCAGAGGAAGAACCCCCCAGCCCCACAGAGCCCAGCACAGAGGCGCCAGAACCCACUGAGGAGCCGCUCCUGGGAGAGCUGACAGUGACAGGAUCGUCCCCAGACUCCCUGAGCCUCUCCUGGACCGUCCCCCAGGGAGACUUUGACUCCUUCACUGUCCAGUACAAGAGCAGUGAUGGGCGGCCCCAGGUGAUGCGUGUCGGGGGCCAGGAGAGGGAGGUCAUCGUGAGAGACCUGGAUCCUGGGCACAAAUACAAGAUGAACCUGUAUGGACUCCAUGAGGGGCAUCGUGUGGGCCCUGUGUCCACUGUGGGCACAACCGACAAACAACCAGAAGAAAAGCCCCCCCUUGAGCCACGCCUGGAGGAGUUGACAGUGACUGGUGUAACCCCCAAUUCUGUGAGCCUCUCGUGGAUAGUUCCUGAGGGACAGUUUGACUCCUUCGUGGUCCAGUACCAGGACAGGGAUGGGCAGCCCCGGGAGGUACCACUGACAGCAGAACAGCGUGAGGUCACUGUCCUUGACUUGGACCCUGCAAGAAUAUACAAAAUGAACUUCUACGGGCUACACGGUAGACGACGUGUGGGCCCCCUCUCCGUGUCAGCAAUGACAGACUCUCUCUCACCAGCACCAGCUCCAGCCACCGAGGCCUCCAAGCUGCUCCCAGAACCACGACUGGGGGAACUAACAGUGACAGAUGUGACCCCGGACUCAGUGGGCCUCCUGUGGACUGUCCCUGAGGGUGAAUUCGACUCCUUCACGGUCCAGUACAAGGACAGGGAUGGCCAGCCCCACGUGGUGUCUGUGGCAGCAGACCUACGGGAGGUCACCAUCCCAGGCCUGGAGCCCUCUCGCAAGUACAAGUUCCUGCUCUUUGGGGUCCAAGAUGGGAAAAGACGCAGCCAGGUCUCUGUAGAGGCGAAGACAGCUACCCAUGAUGACACCAGCCCAGGGGCCCCUCCCCGCCUUGGAGAGCUGUGGGUGACGGAUCCUACCACGGACUCUCUGCGCCUAUCCUGGACAGUUCCCGAGGGCCACUUUGACUCUUUUGUGGUCCAGUUCAAGGACAAAAGUGGGCCCAGGGUGGUGCCAGUAAAGGGUCAAGAGCGGACAGCCACUAUCACGGCCCUGGAUGCUGGCCGCAAGUACAGAUUCCUCCUCUAUGGGCUUCUGGGAAGGAAACGCUUUGGCCCCCUCACUGCAGAGGGCAUAACAGAGCCCACGAAUGCUGCGGACCACACAAAAUCUCGACUGGGAGAGGAACUGCGGGUGACUGGUGUGACUCAAAACUCCGUGGACCUCUCCUGGACAGUCUCCGAGGGCCAGUUUGACUCCUUUGUGGUCCAGUACAAGGACAGGGAUGGGCAGUCCCAGGUGGUGCCUGUGGACGGAAGCCAUAGAGAGGUUAGAGUCUCUGGUCUAGACCCAGGUCGCAGGUAUAAGCUGCUACUCUACGGCCUCCGAGACAGCAAGCGUGUGGGUCCCCUUUCAGUCAUUGCUGUGACCGACCCCAGAGAAACAACAGAAGCUUGGACAGAGGUCCCCACAACUUCAACUCCUGCAGCUGUGCCCCGCCUCGGGGAGCUGAGAGUGGAGGAAGCCACGCCUCACAGCCUGCAUCUCUCCUGGGUGGUGACUGAGGGAGAAUUUAACUCCUUCGAGGUCCAGUACACUGACAGAGAUGGGCAACUCAGAGUGGCCAGUACAGAGGGUGACCAGACUGACAUUACCCUUACUGGCCUGGAAUCGAACCACAGAUACCUGAUAACCCUAUAUGGCUUCCAUGAUGGGCAGCCUGUAGGCUCUGCUCAAAUUGAGGCCCUGACAGUGCCGUGGGAGGAAGAAGAGGAGGAAGAGGAGUCCACAGAGCCACCCACCAUGACUCCUGAGCCCAGGCCACAACUGGGAGAGCUGACCGUGACAGAUGCCACCCCUGACUCUCUGAGCCUUUCCUGGACAGUCCCCGAGGGACAGUUUGACCAGUUCGUGAUCCAGUACAAGAACGGGGAUGGGCAGCCCAAGGUGGUGCGGGUGCCAGGGCAUGAGGACCAGGUCACCAUCUCUGGCCUGGAGCCAGACCACAAGUACAAGUUGAACCUGUAUGGCAUCCACAGUGGUCAGCGUUUUGGCCCCGUGUCUACUGUUGGGGUGACAGCUGCAGUGGAAGAGCCCCCCAGCCCCACAGAGCCCAGCACAGAGGCCCCAGAGCCCACCGAGGAGCCACUCCUGGGAGAGCUGACAGUGACAGGAUCAUCCCCAGACUCCCUGAGCCUCUCCUGGACCGUUCCCCAGGGAGACUUUGAUUCCUUCACUGUCCAGUACAAGGACAGUGAUGGGCGGCCCCAGGUGAUGCGUGUCGGGGGCCAGGAGAGGGAGGUCAUCGUGAGAGACCUGGAUCCUGGGCGCAAGUACAAGAUGAACCUGUAUGGACUUCAUGAGGGGCGUCGCGUGGGCCCCGUGUCCACCGUGGGCGUGACUGACCCCAAAGAGGAGCCUACUGAUGCCUCUUCCCUGAAACCUCGCCUGGAGGAGCUGACUGUGACAGAUGCCACCCCUGACUCCCUGAGCCUCUCCUGGACAGUCCCUGAGGGGCAGUUUGACCAAUUCGUGAUCCAGUACAAGAACGGGGAUGGGCAGCCCAAGGUGGUUCGGGUGCCAGGGCAUGAGGACCAGGUCACCAUCUCAGGCCUGGAGCCAGACCACAAGUACAAGAUGAACCUGUAUGGCAUCUACAGUGGCCAGCGUGUGGGCCCUGUGUCUGCUGUUGGGGUGACAGCUGCAGAGGAAGAGCCUCCUAGCCCCACAGAGCCCAGGACAGAGGCCCCAGAGCCCACAGAGGCCCCAGAGCCCACAGAGGAGCCACGCCUAGGAGAGCUGACAGUGACAGGAUCGUCCCCAGACUCCCUGAGCCUCUCCUGGACCAUUCCCAAGGGAGACUUUGACUCCUUCACUGUCCAGUACAAGGACAGUGAUGGGAGGCCCCAGGUGAUACGUGUCAGGGGCCAGGAGAGGGAGGUCAUCGUGAGAGACCUGGAUCCUGGGCGCAAGUACAAGAUGAACCUGUAUGGGCUCCAUGAGGGGCGUCGUGUGGGCCCUGUGUCCACCAUAGGUGUGACAGCUCCAGAGGAGGAAGCUCUGACCACACAGGCGGUGCCCACCACAACUCCUGAGCCCCCUCCUAAGAAGCCACACCUGGGAGAGCUGACUGUGACAGAUGCCACCCCUGACUCCCUGAGCCUCUCCUGGACAGUCCCCGAGGAACAGUUUGACCAAUUUGUGAUCCAGUACAAGAACGGGGAUGGGCAGCCCAAGGUGGUGCGGGUGCCAGGGCAUGAGGACCAGGUCACCAUCUCUGGCCUGGAGCCAGAUCACAAGUACAAGAUGAACUUGUAUGGCAUCUACAGUGGCCAGCGUGUGGGUCCCGUGUCUGUUGUUGGAGUGACAGCUGCAGAGGAAGAGCCCCCGAGCCCAGAGCCCAGCACAGAGGCCCCAGAGCCCACAGAGGCCCCAGAACCCACCGAGGAGCCGCUCCUGGGAGAGCUGACAGUGACAGGAUCAUCCCCAGACUCCCUGAUCCUCUCCUGGACCAUCCCCAAGGGAGACUUUGACUCCUUCACUGUCCAGUACAAGGACAGUGAUGGGCGGCCCCAGGUGAUGCGUGUUGGAGGCCAGGAGAGGGAGGUCAUCGUAAGAGACCUGGAUCCUGGGCGCAAGUACAAGAUGAACCUGUAUGGGCUCCAUGAGGGGCGUCGUGUGGGUCCCGUGUCGACUGUGGGUGUGACUGAGGAGGAAGCUACGACCACACAGGCAGAGCCCAUCGUGACCACUGAGCCUCCUCCUAAGAAGCCGCACCUGGGAGUGCUGACUGUGACCGAUGCCACCCCUGACUCCCUGAGCCUCUCCUGGACGGUCCCGGAGGCACACUUUGACCAAUUCGUGAUCCAGUACAAGAACGGGGAUGGGCAGCCCAAGGUGGUGCGGGUGCCAGGGCAUGAGGACCAGGUCACCAUCUCUGGCCUGGAGCCAGACCACAAGUACAAAAUGAACCUGUAUGGCAUCUACAGUGGCCAGCGUGUGGGCCCUGUGUCUGCUGUUGGGGUGACGGCUGCAGAGGAAGAGCCCCCCAGCCCCACAGAGCCCAGCACAGAGGCCCCAGAGUCCACGGAAGAGCCACUCCUGGGAGAGCUGACAGUGACAGGAUCAUCCCCAGACUCCCUGAGCCUCUCCUGGACCGUCCCCCAGGGAGAAUUUGACUCCUUCACUGUCCAAUACAAGGACAGUGAUGGGCGGCCCCAGGUGAUGCGUGUCGGGGGCCAGGAGAGGGAGGUCAUCGUGAGAGACCUGGAUCCUGGGCGCAAGUACAAGAUGAACCUGUAUGGACUCCAUGAGGGGCGUCGCGUGGGCCCCGUGUCCACCGUGGGCAUGACUGAGAAGGAAGCUCUGACCACACAGGUGGUGCCCACCACAACUCCUGAGCCCCCUCCUAAGAAGCCACACCUGGGAGAGCUGACUGUGACAGAUGCCACGUCUGAUUCCCUGAGCCUCUCUUGGACAGUCCCUGAGGGGCAGUUUGAGCAAUUCGUGAUCCAGUACAAGAACGGGGAUGGGCAGCCCAAGGUGGUGCGGGUGCCAGGGCAUGAGGACCAGGUCACCAUCUCUGGCCUGGAGCCAGACCACAAGUACAAGAUGAACCUGUAUGGCAUCCACAGUGGUCAGCGUUUUGGCCCCGUGUCUACUGUUGGGGUGACAACUGCAGUGGAAGAGCCCCCCAGCCCCACAGAGCCCAGCAUAGAGGCCCCAGAGCCCACUGAGGAGCCACUCCUGGGAGAGCUGACAGUGACAGGAUCGUCCCCAGACUCUCUGAGCCUCUCCUGGACCGUUCCCCAGGGAGACUUUGAUUCCUUCACUGUCCAGUACAAGGACAGUGAUGGGCGGCCCCAGGUGAUGCGUGUCGGGGGCCAGGAGAGGGAGGUCAUCGUGAGAGACCUGGAUCCUGGGCGCAAGUACAAGAUGAACCUGUAUGGGCUCCAUGAGGGGCGUCGUGUGGGUCCCGUGUCGACUGUGGGUGUGACUGCCUCUCUGACCACAGAGCCCCCCAUAGAGCCCCGCCUGGGAGAGCUGGCUGCAGUAGAAGUGACUUCCAGUACAGUGCACCUGUCCUGGACUGUGGCCCAGGGCCCCUUCGACUCCUUCCUGGUCCAGUACAAGGACACACAGGGGCAGCCCCAGAUGGUGCCUGUGAGUGGAGACCUGGGUGAGGUCACCGUCUCAGGUUUGGAGCCAGCCCGAAAGUACAAGUUUCUACUCUUUGGACUCAAGGAUGGGAAGCGCCAUGGCCCUGUCUCCACAGAAGCAAAGACUGUCUCUGAUGCAAAGCUGCUUCCUCGUCUUGGGGAGCUCACCGUGACAGACACGACCCAAAACUCCGUGGGUCUCUCCUGGACUGUUCCUGAGGGUGAAUUCGACUCUUUCUUAGUCCAGUACAAGAACAGGGGAGGGCAGGUCCAGGUCGUGCCUGCAGCAGCAGACCAACGUGAGGUCACCAUCUCCAGCCUGGAGCCCAAUAGAAAAUACAGGUUCCUGCUCUUCGGCCUCAUAGGCCUCAAACGGCUGGGGCCUGUCUCCGUGGAGGGCACCACGGCUCCCGUGGAGAAGACACCACAGCCCCGCCUCGGUGAACUGUCAGUGACAGAGGAGACCUCUGACUCCAUGCACCUCUCUUGGUCUGUGGCCCAGGGUCCCUUUGACUCCUUCCUGGUCCAGUACAAGGACAGGGAUGGGCAGCUCCAGACGGUGUCCUUGGCUGCAGACCAGCGAGAGGUCACCAUAGAGGGUCUACAGCCAGGCAGGAAAUACAAGUUCCUGCUCUAUGGGCUCACUGGAGGGAAGCGCCUGGGACCCAUCUCUGCCUUGGGAGUGACAGCCUCAGAAGUUGACAUAUCAGCCCCAGACCACACUGAGCCCCCUCAUGCUCCCGGCCUGGGGACGCUGGCAGUGACAGAGGCAACCCCAGACUCCCUGCGACUCUCCUGGGCUGUGGCUCGUGGCCCCUUUGACUCCUUUGUGGUCCAGUACCAGGACACAGAGAAUGAAACCCAGGCCCUGCUUGUUGAUGGAGACCAGGACAAAGUCCUCAUCUCAGGCCUGGAACCCAAAACUUCCUACAAGUUCUUCCUCUAUGGCCUCCGUGAAGGGACACGCCACGGACCUGUGUCUGUAGAGGGCACCACAGAUCCAGUUCCUGCUGGUCAGGGCCCAGGGGACCCCGGGCCCCGCCUGUCCCAGCUCUCAGUUUCAGAUGUGACCACCAGUUCUCUGCGGCUAAACUGGGAAGCCCCGCUUGGGGCCUUUGACUCUUUCCUGCUACGCUUUGGGGUCCCCCUACUGAGUACCCUGGAGCAGAAUCCUCGCACUCUGCAACAGCGAGAGCUUAUGGUGCCAGGCGUGCGGCGAUCCGCCAUGCUCCGGGACCUGCGUCCUGGGACCCUGUAUAGCCUUACUCUGUAUGGGCUGCGUGGGCCACACAAGGCAGACAGCAUCCAGGGCACUGCCCGCACACUCAGCCCAGUUCUGGAGAGCCCCCGGGACCUGCAAUUCAGCGACAUCGGGGAAACAUCAGCCAAAGUCAAAUGGGUGCCGCCAACGUCCAGGGUGGACAGCUUCAAAAUCUCCUACCAGCUAGCAGAUGGAGGAGAGCCACAAAGUGUGCAGGUGGAUGGCCGGACCCAGACCCAGAUCCUCCAAGGGCUGAUUCCAGACACUCGCUAUGAGGUGACUGUGGUCUCCGUCCGUGGCUUUGAGGAAAGCGAGCCUCUCACAGGCUUCCUCACCACAGUGCCUGAUGGUCCCACCCAGCUACGGGCAUUGAACUUGACUGACGGAUCUGCCCUUCUACACUGGAAACCCCCCCACAAACCAGUGGACAAAUAUGACGUCGAGGUCGAAUCCCCUGGGGCCCCACCCCUUCAGGCCUCAGCACCUGGCAGCGCUGUGGACUACCCACUGACUGACCUGGCACUCGACACCAAUUACACAGCCACCGUGCGUGGUCUCCGGGGUCCUAACUUCACCUCCCCAGCCAGCAUAACCUUCACCACAGGGUUAAAGCCCCCCCAGGACUUGGAGGCCAAGGAAGUGACUCCUCGCACGGCCCUGCUCACUUGGACUGAGCCUGAAGUCCCACCCACAGGCUACCUGCUCAGCUUUGACACCCCUGGAGGACAGAUUCAGGAAAUCCUGCUUCCAGCAGGAACCACCUCGCACAGGCUUCUGCGCCUCUUCCCCUCCACCUUCUACAGUGCCCAGCUGCGGGCCAUCUGGGGCGAGAGCCUUACACCUCCCGUGCUCACUUCCUUUACUACUGGUGGGCUGCGGAUCCCCUUCCCCCGGGACUGUGGGGAGGAGCUGAAGAAUGGGCCCAGUGCCUCAAAGACCACCACCAUCUUCCUCAAUGGCAACCGUGAGCGGCCUUUGGAUGUGUUCUGUGACAUGGAGACUGAUGGAGGUGGUUGGCUGGUGUUCCAGCGCCGCAUGGAUGGACAGACGGACUUCUGGAGAGACUGGGAGGAGUACGCCCAUGGUUUUGGGAACAUUUCCGGGGAAUUCUGGCUGGGCAACGAGGCCCUGCACAGCCUAACACAGGCUGGAGACUAUUCUCUGCGUGUGGACCUGCGGGCCGGAAAGGAAGCCGUGUUCGCCCAGUAUGACUUCUUCCGUGUAGACUCAGCAAAGGAGAACUACCGCCUACACCUUGAGGGCUACCAUGGGACUGCAGGCGACUCUAUGAGCUACCACAGUGGCAGUGUCUUUUCUGCCCGUGAUCGAGACCCCAACAACUUGCUCAUCUCUUGCGCUGUCUCUUAUCGUGGGGCUUGGUGGUACAGGAACUGUCACUACGCCAACCUCAAUGGGCUCUAUGGGAGCACAGUGGAUCACCAGGGAGUGAGCUGGUACCACUGGAAGGGCUUCGAGUUCUCUGUGCCCUUCACGGAAAUGAAGCUGCGACCCAGAAACUUCCAGGUCCCCACCAGGGGCACCUGAGCCUGCUGCCCACCUCACUCACACCCCGGUAUGACUGCCGAGCACUGAGGGGUUGUGCCCAGAGAAGAGCCAGCAUGCCACACCAAGGAGGCCUUCUCUGCCACAAUCUCACAGCACCAUGUUUACAGGGGGGGAGGGGAGGGGAAAUGGAGCAAUAAAGGAGAAACUGAGGCACUA